CGGGGCGGGGCCUACGCCGGCGCCUUGGCCAGCAGGCGCUCCGCCAGCCGCGUAAACACCGCCCGAGUGCCGCGGCGGAGCAGGUGUAUCCAGGGAGGCAGGGCCAUGCUCACGUUCAUGGCUUCUGACAGUGAGGAGGAAGUGUGUGAUGAGAGGACCUCCCUGAUGUCGGCUGAGAGCCCCACACCGCGCGCCCGCCAGGAGGGCAGGCAGGGCCUGGAGGAUGGAGAGAACACCACUCAGUGGAGAAGCCAGGAGAGCGAGGAGGACUGUGAGGAGGACCCUGACCGCUACGUUUGCAGUGGGGUGCCUGGACGGCUCCGAGGCCUGGAGGAAGAGCUGACCCUCAAAUACGGGGCGAAGCACGUGAUCAUGCUGUUUGUGCCUGUCACGCUGUGCAUGGUCGUGGUGGUCGCCACCAUCAAGUCUGUGCGCUUCUACACGGAGAAGAAUGGACAGCUCAUCUACACGCCCUUCACCGAGGACACGCCCUCAGUGGGCCAGCGCCUGCUCAACUCUGUGCUCAACACCCUCAUCAUGAUCAGCGUCAUCGUGGUCAUGACCAUCUUCCUGGUUGUGCUCUACAAGUACCGCUGCUACAAGUUUAUCCAUGGCUGGUUGAUCAUGUCCUCCCUGAUGUUGCUGUUCCUCUUUACUUACAUCUACCUUGGCGAAGUGCUCAAGACCUACAACGUGGCCAUGGACUACCCCACCCUCUUCCUGACCGUCUGGAACUUCGGGGCGGUGGGCAUGGUGUGCAUCCACUGGAAGGGCCCCCUCAUGUUGCAGCAGGCCUACCUCAUCAUGAUCAGCGCGCUCAUGGCCUUGGUGUUCAUCAAGUACCUCCCGGAGUGGUCCGCCUGGGUCAUCUUGGGUGCCAUCUCUGUAUAUGAUCUUGUGGCUGUGCUGUGCCCCAAAGGGCCGCUGCGGAUGCUGGUGGAAACCGCCCAGGAGAGAAAUGAGCCCAUCUUCCCUGCCCUGAUAUACUCUUCUGCCAUGGUGUGGACAGUGGGCAUGGCCAAGCCGGACCUCUCCUCCCAGGGAGCCCUCCAGCUCCCCUAUGAUCCAGAGAUGGAAGAAGACUCCUAUGACAGUUUUGGGGAGCCCUCGUACCCAGAAGUCUUUGAACCCCCCCUGCCUGGCUACCUGGGGGAGGAGCUGGAGGAAGAGGAGGAAAGGGGCGUGAAGCUCGGCCUCGGGGACUUCAUCUUCUACAGCGUGCUGGUGGGCAAGGCGGCGGCCACGGGCAGUGGGGACUGGAACACCACGCUGGCAUGCUUCGUGGCCAUCCUUAUUGGUUUGUGUUUGACCCUCCUGCUGCUGGCCGUGUUCAAGAAAGCGCUGCCCGCCCUCCCCAUCUCCAUCACGUUCGGCCUCAUCUUCUACUUCUCCACAGACAACCUGGUUCGCCCUUUCAUGGACACCUUGGCCUCCCAUCAGCUCUAUAUCUGACGUGAAGCGCAGUGCUGUGGGCUGGAAGCUGUGGGAGAUUUUAACCUGAUGCAGUUGUAUAGUUUUCACUCUAGUGCCAUAUAUUUUUAAGACUUUUCUUUCCUUUAAAGAAAAGAAUAAAAAUCAUUGUGUUUACUUCGUGAAGAUGAAGCAGAACCAGCUUUUUGGUGCUAAUUGUUUUUGUCACCAGACUUUGGCUCACCCUAUCAUCAGCACUCACUUCACUGACAGGAAACACAGAUUUAUCCAGAUGAACUGAGAAGGGUUACCCGAUACGGGGAGGGGACGUGGAGAAGGAUGCCUAUUCAUACUUCAUGGCCUGGAAUUCUCCGAGGGUCAAUGUGAACGAAGAUGUUCAUCUAUUAGGGACCAGGAGUACAUGCUUGGGAACUCAACUAAGCACCUGUCACUCUGGCAAAAGAAGACAAGCCAUUUUUUUCUGCAAGGAAUGUUCCCAGUGCUUUGUCUAUGAUGUCAUUGUUAUUUUAUUACCUUUAGAAGCAGAGUCCUGUUCCUUUGACAUCAAGUUCUUGCUGGGAAAUGGCUUAAUAUUAGUAUCAAUAAAUAGAUGAACCCCAUUGGGAUGUUGUCAUUUGGUCUGUUUGUAAGUGUUGACCUCUCUCCCUGCAUCUCUGCAGCACUCCCAGGAUAACGUGUGCUGCAGGCCCAGUUAUGAAGGAGAGAGGCUUCGCUGUCCUCCCUCUCUGCUAUUAUUUAUUUGACCAGGAAGUUUCCUAAGCAAAGGUUUUCAGAGAGCAGCGAGGCAUGACAUCUGACCUCUCUGAGGUGGA